CGCCCGCGCCGUCGCCCUCAGCAAGCGCAUGCGCCACCGUGGACCCGACUGGUCCGGCUGCAAGAUGACCGACGACUCGAUCCUCGUCCACGAGCGUCUCGCCAUCGUCGGUGUCGACACCGGCGCCCAGCCCAUCACGUCCGAGGACGACAAGCUCCUCCUCGCCGUCAACGGCGAGAUCUACAACCACCGCGCGCUCCGCAAGCAGCUCAAGAACCCGGCCUCGUUCAAGACGCACUCGGACUGCGAGGUCAUCCUACACCUCUACCGUGAGCUCGGCACCGACCUGUGCAGCAAGCUCGACGGCAUGUUCUCGUUCGUCCUCCUCGACACGUCCGUCACGCCGUCGCGCAUGAUCGCGGCGCGCGACCCGAUCGGCAUCACGACGCUGUACCAGGGCUGGAACUCGCAGCGCCCGGGCACCGUCUACUUUGCGUCGGAGCUCAAGGCGCUCCACGACGAGUGCGACGAGGUGCGCUCGUUCCCGCCGGGCCACGUGUGGGACUCGGCGACGGGCGAGACGACGCGCUACUUCAAGCCGACGUGGUGGGAGGGCGACGUGUCGGACGACGCCGUCCCGACCCAGGCCGGCGACCUGACCGUCCUGCGCGAGACGCUCGAGAAGGCCGUCAAGAAGCGCCUCAUGUCCGAGGUCCCGUACGGCGUCCUCCUGUCGGGCGGCCUCGACUCGUCCCUGAUCGCCGCCAUCGCCGCCCGGGAAACGGAAAAGGUCGCCAAGGCGCAGCAGGCGCAGCAGGACAAGGGCGGCGUGCCGCAGCAGGGCUCGGCCGGCGACUCGGCGGGCCUGGUCGGCGUCGACGACGAGGCGGCGGCCGACGAGGUCGGGACUUUGACGGCGUGGCCCCGCCUGCACUCGUUCUCGAUCGGCCUCGAGGGCUCGCCCGACCUGCUCGCGGCGCGCGUCGCGGCCAAGUACCUCGGCACGGUCCACCACGAGUACACGUUCACGGUCCAGGAGGGCCUCGACGCCGUCGAGGAGGUCAUCUACCACCUCGAGACGUACGACGUGACGACGGUGCGCGCGUCGACGCCCAUGUACCUCCUGUCGCGCAAGAUCAAGGCCAUGGGCGUCAAGAUGGUCCUCUCGGGCGAGGGCUCGGACGAGAUCUUUGGCGGCUACCUGUACUUCCACGCGGCGCCGACGGCCAAGGACUUCCACCAGGAGUGCAUCCGCCGCGUCAAGAACCUGCACACGGCCGACUGCCUGCGCGCCAACAAGUCGACCAUGGCGUGGGGCCUCGAGGCGCGCGUCCCGUUCCUCGACAAGGAGUUCCUCGAGGCGGCGCUCAACGUCCGCCCCGAGGACAAGCUCUUCUCCAAGGGCUCGCUCCAGGAGAAGGACGCCGACGGCCGCCCCAAGAUGGAAAAGUACAUCAUCCGCAAGGCGUUCGACGUCGGCCCGCUCGGCGAGCGCCCGUACCUCCCCGACGAGAUCCUGUGGCGCCAGAAGGAGCAGUUCUCGGACGGCGUCGGCUACUCGUGGAUCGACGGCCUCAAGGACCACGCCGCGCAGGUCGUCUCGGACGAGCAGCUCGCCGGCGCCGCCGAGCGCUACCCGCUCGACACGCCCGAGACCAAGGAGGCGUACCUCAUCCGCCAGACGUUCGAGAGCCACUUCCCGACCGAGGCGGCCGCCAAGACGGCCGUGCGCUGGAUCCCGCGCGCCGACUGGGGCUGCGCCGCCGACCCCUCGGGCCGCGCCGUCGCCAUCCACGAGGCGGCCUACAACGGCGAGGACCCGACGCAGUGAGCGUCAUCGUCGUCGUCGUCGUCGAGGCGUUCGAGGGUCGUGACGAGGCGGUGAAUCGCAAAAAGGGUCUUCUUCCUCUCCCUCUCUCGCCCUUCCUCUCCCUCUCCUCCCUUGCACAAUCCCUCUCAUCUCUCUCAUGUCGUGUGCAACCAUAGAGCUUCAUCGAUGUG